CUGCUUGCGUCUCUUCCAUAAUUUUUUUUUCAAAAAACUAGAAGAGACGGAGAAGAAGAAAAAGGAAGCGCAGAAAAUAAUUAUAAUAGUUCGAAGAAUCUUACUUGCUCUCACUUUAGCUUUGAGGAUGAAGACAGUAAAUUAGACAACGGAGAUAUAACUCAAGAAAUUGUUAGAGAGAAGCGACUAGCACGUACUUAUUUGUUUUUUUUUUUUGUCUCUUCUUUUCUGUUACGUGCGUUUCUUUCUUCUGUUUCUCAGCCAUUGUGCUCUUAAACGCUGUCGUCUUCUCGCUUCAAAGGUAACACCAAGUUGUUUGGAUCUUUUCAAACUUAAUUAUGUUUGUACGAAGUCGUUAGUUGUUUGUUUGCUGUGUAAUUAACUGGUGGAGAAAAACAUCGAGAUAAUGUAUUUGAUUAAGAAAAGGAAACUUCCUUUUGGUUUGGUUUCUGAUGUGCUGGAAUAGAAUUCCUCUUAGUUACGUUGCUGUGAUGGAAUUUUUUUGAGAAUUUAAGAUCUUGUGAGCCCCUUGAUUUUGACACUCCAGAUAAAUGCCGGUAGUUUGAUUGGCAUUCUCAUGUGACUGAAAAGCUAGCCCCACCCCCUUUUCAUGGCAACCCAUUUGCGAUUUUGUUUGUCUCGCUGCAAUGAUUUUGAACGUUAAAAAGGUUGUCCUUUUAAUGUUUGAUCCUACUAGCCGGUUUAUGGUAUUUUAAGGUCAAUCUCUUUGUUGCAGGGAGGAUAAGUUAUUGUUUCUUCCAAGUGAAGUGAACAGGAUAUGGCGACAAUAAGUGAUAUAGGAGUAGCAGCAGCUAUUAAUAUACUCACUGCAUUUGCUUUCUUUAUUGUGUUUGCGAUUCUUCGGAUUCAGCCGGUAAAUGAUAGGGUUUACUUCCCCAAAUGGUAUAUCAAGGGUUUAAGGAGCAGUCCAUUGGGCACUGGCGCGUUUGUAGGCAAGUUUGUCAAUUUGGACUUCAGGUCGUAUGUGAGGUUUCUCAACUGGAUGCCCGCAGCAUUGCAAAUGCCGGAGCCUGAGCUAAUUGACCAUGCUGGAUUGGACUCUGCUGUUUACUUGAGGAUUUACUUGAUAGGGCUUAAAAUUUUUGUUCCUAUUGCAUUCCUGGCCUUCACUAUCUCAGUGCCAGUUAAUUGGACAAAUAACACUUUGGAGCAUUCUAAUUUAACUUACAGUGAUUUGGAUAAGCUCUCUAUAUCAAAUAUACCCACAGGAUCAUGCAGAUUCUGGACCCAUAUGGUGAUGGCUUAUGCUUUUACCUUCUGGACAUGCUAUGUGCUAAAAACAGAGUAUGAGACAGUGGCUAAAAUGAGGUUGCAUUUUCUUGCAUCAGAGAAACGACGUCCUGAUCAAUUCACAGUACUGGUGAGAAAUGUGCCACCAGAUCCUGAUGAAUCAGUUAGUGAACUCGUGGAACAUUUUUUCCUGGUUAACCAUCCUAGCAAUUAUCUCACUCAUCAGGUUGUCUACAAUGCUAAUGAACUUUCUAACUUAGUCAACAAGAAGAAAAAGAUGAAGAACUGGCUUGACUACCAUCAAAUCAAAUAUUCAAGAAACCAAUCCAGGAAGCCUUCUCUCAAGACUGGUUUCCUUGGCCUUUGGGGGAAUAGGGUGGAUGCAAUUGAUCACUACACAUCUGAGAUUGAGAGACUAUCGAGAGAAAUCUCCUUGGAGAGAGACAAGAUUGUGAACAAUCCCAAGUCAAUCAUGCCAGCAGCAUUUGUUUCCUUCAAAACUCGAUGGGGAGCUGCUGUUUGUGCACAAACACAACAAUCCAGAAAUCCAACUAUAUGGUUGACUGGGUGGGCUCCAGAACCCCGUGAUGUAUAUUGGGAUAACCUCGCAAUUCCAUUUGUUUCGCUCACACUAAGAAGGCUUGUUAUUGCUGUUGCGUUUUUCUUCCUCACCUUCUUUUUCAUGAUUCCCAUUGCAUUUGUACAGUCCCUUGCGAACAUUGAAGGAAUUGAGAAAGCACUCCCAUUCCUGAAACCUAUAAUUGAAAUGAAAGUGAUUAAGUCAUUCAUUCAAGGUUUCCUUCCUGGAAUAGCUUUGAAGAUAUUUCUUAUUUUUCUACCCUCAAUAUUGAUGCUAAUGUCUAAAUUCGAGGGAUUCAUUAGUCUAUCAAGCCUAGAGAGGAGAUCUGCAGCUAGAUAUUAUAUCUUCCAAUUCAUUAACGUGUUUCUUGGAAGCAUAAUCACCGGAACUGCAUUUCAACAACUGGAUAAUUUUAUCCACCAGUCUGCAACUCAAAUACCAAAGACAGUUGGAGUUUCGAUUCCUAUGAAGGCAACUUUCUUCAUAACUUACAUAAUGGUUGAUGGGUGGGCUGGAGUCGCUGGGGAGAUUUUAAGAUUGAAACCCUUGAUUAUCUAUCACCUCAAAAACUUCUUCUUGGUGAAGACUGAAAAGGAUAGGGAAGAGGCUAUGGAUCCUGGAACUCUUGGUUUCAACACAGGGGAACCACAAAUACAACUUUAUUUCCUCCUUGGCCUCGUCUAUGCAGUGGUGUCGCCUAUCUUACUUCCUUUCAUAAUUGUAUUCUUUGCCCUCGCAUUUGUUGUUUAUCGUCAUCAGAUUAUAAAUGUUUACAAUCAAGAGUAUGAGAGUGCUGCAGCAUUCUGGCCUGAUGUUCAUGGACGCAUCAUAGUUGCAGUAAUUGUCUCACAACUGCUGCUAAUGGGAUUGUUAAGCACAAAAGAAGCUGCUCAGUCCACACCGUUGCUCAUUACGCUCCCAAUAUUGACAAUAUGGUUCCAUUUGUUCUGCAAAGGCCGAUAUGAACCUGCUUUUGUUAGAUAUCCAUUGCAGGAAGCAAUGAUGAAAGAUACGUUGGAACGUGCCAGAGAGCCAAACCUGAACCUGAAAAGCUUUCUUCAAAAUGCUUAUAGCCACCCAGUUUUUAAAGGCGAAGAUGAUAGCGACAGUGAUGAAGCACCCGAAGAGUUUGAGAAAGAACCUGAUCUGGUCCCAACAAAGCGCCAGUCUCGAAGGAAUACACCAUUGCCAAGUAAACAUAGUGGUUCAGUUUCAUCCUCUCAGCGUGAAGCUCAGGACUAUCCUCUAAUCUGAAACUGUUUCUGCGACAUCAACUUGUGUGUAAAUGCGAGUCCUCGGGAGAUUAAACUGUUUGAUAUUUAUUCAGCAUAGAGGUUGUACAUAGGAUAGACUACGAAAAGAGAUA